CACCGUCGCUUGACUUCGGUAACGUUGCGCCGACCACAUGUCGUAUCCCGACCCGGAAGUUUGAUCCACGAGAACAUAAUUAUACACCUUUACUUUCUACUUACUUAUUACUUGUUCACGAUUUGGAUUUUUGACGAUUUUUCGCUUCAAGUUCAACACCCGCGUUUUUUUUCGGCCGAUAACUUUGGCGACGCGCGAGUUUCACGUUUUGUGCCGCUUAUUAAGAGCACAGUAUACAUAUACAUACAUACAUAAAUAUAUAUAUAUAUAUAUACACCAUGGAGGGAAAACUUUAAAUGAUUGCGGUCAUCAUCUGGCAGUGAUGGAGUCGGUAACAACGGCUACUGCGGCGGUAUUCGCCGUAAUUCUUUUAUACUUCAUUGCCGUAACCGAAUCGACUUACGACAACGAUGCGAACAUCGAAACGUUAUUGAAUCACGUUUUAUGGGAACCGUCGUCGAGCAGUUCACCGAAAAAAGAAGAAGACAAUAUCCUACCAUUUUUCGAAGAGGCGUCGUCUCAUGUAAACAUUACCGUGCAAAUCGGCGCCAAUAUCGAUCUACACUGCAAAGUGAAACAACUCAAUGACAAAACGGUUUCGUGGGUCAGAAGGACUGGAGAUAAAAUGCAACUGCUGUCUUUUGGCCACCACGUGUACAGUACGGAUCAGCGUUAUGAACUUUUAUUCAAAGACCCCAACGACUGGCAGCUGCGUAUAUCUUACCUAAACGAACGAGACGCAGGCCAUUACGAAUGUCAAGUGUCUACCCAUCCGCCGAUCGCAUUUACCGUCUACCUAUCAAUUAUAGUACCCGAACUUGAAAUCACGGACGAGAGAGGUGUGCCAGUAAAAGAUAAAUUUUACUAUGUGGGCAGUACAAUAGAACUAAAAUGUUUUAUCACUAAAGUGCCACAACCAAGUCAAUUCAUUGUAUGGCGUCACGAGUCGACGAAUUUAAAUUAUGACACAAGUCGAGGCGGUAUCAGUGUCAAGACUGAUAUACUUACCAAUGGAGCCAAGAGCAGGUUGUUUGUUGCCAACGCACAAACAUCGGAUUCGGGAAAAUAUACAUGCUCGCUAACAGACAUAGCACGCACAUCAGUCACGGUUCAUGUCCUCAAUGGUAAUAAUGGCGAAACCCCGGCCGCUAUGCAACACGGAGGCAGCAACCCGUGUAACCAGCUUCACUCCUUGUGGGUGAUCACCACAUUUGCAUGGAUACUGUUUCGGUUAAGUUGACAUAAUUAACAUAAUUGAACGUUUUUGUGCCGCUAAAACAGCCGUGUUACUUCUUAUACAUGUUAUAAUACGUUCAACCGUACUUGUAAGUAUUAAACGAGAACACAUUAUGCGACACGGCCAGUUGUGAACAGACACACAUAUUGAUCUCAGUCCGUCGUCCGAGGACCGUCAGAACGUGUGUCUGUGUGUUAGUAGUAGAUUUUACAAUUUUUGCUGUGUAUCUAUACAUUUGUAAAAAUAAUAGCUAUUUUAAUUUUUUUUUUUUUAAAUGAUAUAAUGCAGUUAAAAAUAUCUUCAGUUAAACCUAUGUACAUAAUACGUAUUAAAUAUAAGUUUUUAGCCGUUGUAAAACGUAAGAAAUAAAGUAACGACUGGUUACAUCUUACACAUUACCUUUUGUAAAAUAUAAUAAUCAAAACGGUUUGAAUUACUUUUGUUAUUGCGUUAAGUCGAACCGUUUAAACAUUUUGUAUUUUUCGAAUGGCAAUAUUAUGUCAGUUUUAAAAUAGUUCUUAUUGUAAUAAACGAUUUCUUGAAUCCGUGUCAAUGUGAGAACCACAAAAAAACGAGUUGUACAUAUUAUAAUACAUUUUUCUUUUUAGAUAAUUAUUUAUUAUAUGUUAAAUCAUAAUUUUAAUAUUU